CUCCGGCUCGUGACAACGAAACGGUCGCGGUCUGAGGCGGCAGCGGCGACGGUGCGGCCGGCCGAGCGCGAGAGGGAGCCUGCCUUGCGGCCCGGACCUUCCCGCCCCCGGGCCGUGGACUCAGUCCCCCUCCCCCUUCGGCGCUUCCGUUACGGCCGUUAGUCCGGCGCUGGCCCCGGGGCCGUUCCCGAGCUCCGGCCGGCCCCGUCGCUGCGCCUGGGGGCUGCCCUGACGGACUCGGCGCGGCCUGGAAGCCAGCCUCCGCCCGCGCCUGGCGCCUCGCGCCCGGCGGGCUCCGCUUGGUCGCAGCCCGGGAAUUCCUGGUGUCCCGGCGCCCGCGCUCCCCGGGGCGGACGCCGCGCUCGUCGGCUCCCGCCGCCUGAGUUUUCGGGAGCGCUCGCUCGACGGCCGGCUUUCGGAGGCAGCGUCCGAGCGUUGGGUCCCGCACCGCAAGUUCUCGCAGGGCGCUCGGUGGCCGCCCCUCCCCUUAUUCCUCGAGUUGCUCCGCGGACGUCGAGUUGGCAUUUCUCUGCUUCCUCCUGGGCCGGCGCGCGGCGCGGCUGACGAGGCUCUCCCGGGCGCUGGGACCUGGCCAUGAGCACGGGCCGGCAGCCCGCUCAGAGGCAUGGCCCGGGAGCCGGCCGCUAGCCGCGCCGCAGCCCGGAAUCCCGGGCUGGCAGAGCACCGCCGCGGGGGGACGUCCGUGACCCGCGUCGGCGCUGGGGACAAAGGUGCGUGUGGUUGUCGGGACCGGGCUGUCGUGGUAGCCUUGCUGUAGUUGGACACUUUUCAAGAAGUUGUGACAACAGGAAGACAUGCCAAGCGUAGGUUGGACACCUUAAAACGGAACCAUUAACUGCAGUGGAGCACAGCGCCUGCUCCAAACUUCACUUGACCAGAAGCCAUGCAGUGACACCCGCUAAGACUUGUUGGUAGCCAUGUCGGAGCCCCACAGGGUCCAGUUCACCUCUCUCCCAGGUUCUCUGAAUCCUGCAUUUUUGAAGAAGUCUCGGAAAGAGGAGGUCGGGGGAGCAGAACAGCAUCAGGAGUGUGAGCCGGCGGCAGCAGCUGUUCGGAUUACACUCACCCUCUUUGAACCAGAUCACAAACGCUGCCCAGAGUUCUUCUACCCAGAAUUGGUGAAGAAUAUACGAGGGAAGGUGAAAAGUCUUCAACCCGGAGACAAGAAGAAAGAUCUCUCAGAUCCUUUCAAUGAUGAAGAAAAGGAAAGGCAUAAGGUGGAGGCCCUUGCACGGAAAUUUGAAGAAAAAUAUGGUGGAAAGAAACGUAGAAAAGACCGAAUACAGGACUUGAUUGAUAUGGGGUAUGGUUAUGAUGAAUCUGAUUCCUUCAUCGAUAACUCUGAGGCGUAUGAUGAGCUUGUUCCUGCUUCUUUGACUACAAAGUAUGGAGGAUUUUACAUUAACUCGGGAACCUUGCAGUUUAGACAAGCAUCAGAAUCUGAGGAUGACUUCAUUAAAGAGAAGAAGAAAAAAUCUCCAAAGAAGCGGAAGUUGAAGGAAGGUGGUGAGAAGAUAAAGAAGAAGAAAAAAGAUGACACUUAUGACAAGGAGAAGAAAUCGAAAAAGUCCAAGUUUUCCAAAGCCGGCUUUACAGCCCUCAAUGCCAGUAAGGAGAAGAAGAAAAAGAAAUAUUCUGGGGCUUUAAGCGUUAAAGAGAUGCUAAAGAAAUUUCAGAAGGAGAAAGAGGCUCAGAAAAAGAGGGAGGAGGAGCAUAAGCCUAUAGUGGUCUCAUCAGUGGAAGCCCAGGGCUUGCGGGAAUUGGAGGGCACCUCUGACCCCUUGCUCUCACUCUUCGGCUCCACUUCUGACAAUGACUUGCUCCAGGCGGCCACUGCCAUGGACUCACUGACUGAUUUGGACUUGGAGCAGCUGCUCAGUGAGUCUCCAGAAGGAAGCCCCUUCCAUGAUAUGGAAGAUGGAAGCGAUUCCCUUGGGGUGGGAUUGGACCAGGAAUUCAGGCAGCCCUUUUCCCUCCCCGAAGGCCUGCCAGCGCCCCUGGAGAAGCGCGUUAAGGAGCUGGCUCAGGCUGCCAGAGCUGCUGAGGGAGAGAGCAGACAGAAGUUCUUCACCCAGGAUAUUAAUGGCAUCCUGUUAGACAUAGAGGUGCAAACUCGGGAACUGAGUAGCCAGAUCCGUUCUGGGGUAUAUGCCUAUCUCGCUUCAUUCCUGCCCUGCAGCAAGGACACUCUGGUCAAACGUGCUCGAAAGCUUCACCUCUAUGAGCAGGGGGGGCGUCUGAAGGAACCUCUCCAAAAGCUCAAGGAUGCCAUCGGCAGGGCGAUGCCAGAGCAGAUGGCCAAGUACCAGGAUGAAUGCCAGGCACACACGCAAGCCAAAGUCGCCAAGAUGCUGGAAGAGGAGAAAGACAAGGAGCAGAGAGAACGGAUUUGUUCUGAUGAAGAUGAUGAUGAGGAAAAGGGCGGUAGGAGGAUAAUGGGACCCCGGAAGAAAUUCCAGUGGAAUGAUGAAAUCAGAGAGCUGCUGUGCCAAGUGGUGAAGAGCAAGUUGGAGAGCCUGGAUCUGGAGAGGAACAACAGGGCCCAGGCUUGGGAGGACUGCGUGAAGGCCUUCCUGGAUGCAGAGGUCAAGCCUCUCUGGCCCAAAGGCUGGAUGCAGGCCAGGACUCUGUUUAAGGAGAGCAGACGAGGCCAUGGACACCUGACAUCCAUUUUGGCCAAGAAGAAAGUAAUGGCCCCUUCUAAAGUCAAGGUGAAGGAAUCAUCUACUAAGCCUGAUAAGAAGGUUUCUGUCCCAUCAGGACAGAUUGGCGGCCCCAUUGCUUUACCCUCAGAACACCAGGGAGGAGGCCUGAGCAUUGGGGCUGCCAAUAGGGAGCUCCCAUCCCAGGCAUCUGGCAGCCUUGAUAACCCUGCUCCUGUCAACCUGGAGGACUCACUGGAUGAAGACUUGAUCCGUAAUCCAGCCUCCUCAGUGGAAGCCGUUUCCAAGGAACUGGCCACGUUGAACAGCAGAGCAGCUGGGAGCUCAGAAUUCAUACUGCCUGCACCCUCAAAAGCGCCUGCAGAAAAAGUCACAGGUGUUUUAUGUACAGAAGAAAAGAGGAACUUUGCAAAGCCCAACGCUUCUGCUCCACCGCCCACUAGUUCUCUGCAGUCACCCCUCAAUUUUCUGGCUGAACAGGCUCUGGCAUUGGGACAGUCCUCUCAGGAGAAAAAACCAGAAACUUCUGGCUACAAAGAGCUAUCCUGCCAGGCUCCCCUCAGCACAAGCCUCCCAGAAGUGCACCAGUCCAAAGCUAAGCACCAUGGCCUGCCUCGGACAUCUCAUGGGUCCCAGGUGGCAGCUCCCGUGCCUGGCCCCCAAGUCAAAGUCUUUCAUGCAGGCACUCAGCAGCAGAAGAACUUCACCCCCCCAUCUCUGUUUGUCAAUAAGCUCCAAGGCCCAAAGGCUCCCUCCCCGCAGUGUCUUCGUCCCCCCCUGCAGCUAGUGAAGACAGCAGCCAAAGGCCAGGGCUUCCACCCCUCUAUGCCGGCCUCCUCAGGAGGCUCACCAUCCUCCAGCAACAGCUCUCAUAAGACCCCAGCCUCAUCCUCUGCUUCUCUCAGCCACCCAGCAAAACAGCAUUCAGCCAGCUCUGCAGGGCCAUCUUACAAGAACAGUCCCUUUGCUGGCUCUGUCUCCAAACAUGGGGUUUCUUCUGGCAGCUCGUCCUCUGGAGGAACACCAGGCCAGAGCUCUGCUUCUGGGAGCCUGCUCCCCGGCGUACAGCCUCCCUCCACAGGACAGUCUGCCAGCCGCCCCAUUCCAAGCUCAGCCGUGAAAAAACCACCUGUUUCCCAGAAGCUGACCCUGGUGGCCCCUCCGGGUGGUCCAAAUGGAGAUUCUGGUGGUGGGACCCAGGGAGUGGCAAAGUUACUGACUUCGUCCCUGAAGCCCCCUGCUGUUAGUAGUGUGACAUCAUCUACCUCCCUGCCGAAAGGAACGAGUGGGGCCGUGCUGCUGACCAACUCCACCCCCUUGAACCUGCUGUCUUCACCAUACAAGGCCAGCAGCCCGAAGAUGCCCGGGGCCAUGAACUCCACCUCACUGGGAAUCACUGUCCCAAUUCCUGUCCACGUGCUCUCCUUUAGUGCAGACUCCUCUGCCAAAGCAGGGGUCUCCAAGGACGCCAUUGUCACAGGCCCUGUCCCUGGCACGUUCCACCAUGGCAUCAACCACAGUCUUCUGGCUGGCUUGCACUCCAGCCCGCCCCACGCAGCGCCUCUCCCACACGCUGCCAUGCCCACCCAUAUCCCGCAGAGUCUGCCAGAUGCUUCUCAGCUUCAUGGAAAAGGGCCCAGCAUACCACGGAAAUUGUGACUACUUCAGAGGAAAGGCUCAACUAACUUGGGUCUGGAUGGACGCCAAACAUGCAGGUCCCCAAAUGGACAUUCACUGCGCUCUUUCUGCCAGUUGAUUUUCUUCUGGAGAAGGCAUGAGUUCUCUCUUCUUGGCACUUCUUACCUGCCUUCAACUAGGGGAGCAGCUCCGUGCCGCCCAUGAGGCACUCACUGACCUAGUGCUCUGGGCCUCACGCUGUCGCUGGAUAGUCAUUGGAGGGCAGCCCUAGUCUGGGGAGCAUGCUGGGCCAUUUGUGUUCAAGAGCACGGGUUUUCAUAAGCUCCAGUGGCACACCAUUGUUUUAAAUCUGCCCACCCCCUGGCAUUUGGUCACAGUACCUCAUGGCACCCUACUGGUCAGGGUCUCCUCACCACAGUAGGGCCCAGCAUCUAUCCCAUCCCCAGGCUGUGUGCUCAAGAGGACAAAACGGGGGCUAAAGCCACACCUGGGAGACCUACCUUGUCUCUUUGCAAAAUACUAAGAACACCUAAUGUGUGCUCAUUGUUGGGGUCCAGUUUUUCCUCUGAACAUGAUAAUGAAGCUCUUUUAGAGAAAAGACGUUUGUAGAUUCAGCAAUUGUGAUAGGAUUUUUAAAGAUACCUAUUUUGGGCUCAGUUUUCAUCAUUACCAUUAAAUGCAUUGGAUAGAAUGGGACUGUUCUCUACAUGUCAUAUUAUAGGAAGACAUAAUUCCAGUGCCUUGAUGGUGGAGCAGAAUUUGACAACACACAUCCAUUCAGCCCUCUGAGUGGAUCUGAGAUGAAGACCUUUUUUAAAGAUAUGUCUGUAUUUAAGACAUAGCCAGUUUUAUUUAUCUUUUUAUGGUUGCACAUUGUAAUCUGUGCCGUCCUGACUUGAAGGUCGUCUGGGCCCCCAAAUCCGAGGUCCCAAUUUAGCCAGGGCUCCCAUUUUGUUUCUUCAGUUGUGCAGGUGGACUGCAGAGCCCCAGAGCACUUAAUCUCUCUGAGAGCCAAGGAUAUGGGGGUUUCCAAGUCACAAUAGACAUUCCAGUUUGUCUUAUUCUUAGAAAUCAUUCUUAGGUAGGCCUCUGUGAAGUGUCUGCCAUGUAGAAAUGGGCCUUGACAUCCUGGGGCUGUCCAGGCAGUGGGGCUGUGUGUUGACUUAAGGGUGAUGUGCAGAUGGGCUUGGAGAGGGUCAGAGAGAGAUUUGGACAGUCACUGCAGAGCCCCCAUCACCGAGCUGCUCACAGUCCACUCAUGGCUGUCCACAAGGAUUUUGAGGCACUUGCCUGUCCUUUGAAGCCUAUGCCGUAGGUGAGGCUAAGCUGACUGCUUCAGCUAAGUGGUUUCAAACAUGUUGAGGGCAGACAGCAUUCUCAGCAUGUGCACCUGUGUGAGGACAUGAUUGCCCUUUUGGUUCCUGACUCCCAGGCUAUAGUGCUCAGUAACUCAUUCAUAUUGAGGUCUGUGGCCUUCCCGGUUUCCUGGGUAACAAGACCUCUCUGUCAGCUAUUCAGCCUGGCCUCUGCUCUAACUCCUUUUUUAUGUAAGAAUCAAUCUGUAUUUCACAUUGGGCUAAGUGGAUUCCUUAUCUCUUUAUUAUAUAUAUUUUUCACAACUUGGAUUUCCAGUUUGUUUACAGACUAGUCUUAGGUAGUAGCAAAAGAGCCAAAGAAGAGAUUUGUAUUGCUGAGCUCAAAGCCGAGCAGAGGCCAUCAAUGAAUGCUGAGCGGUGGGAAUUCUCCAGGCUUCUCUGCCAUGAACAUCCGGGUACCAGUCCCAGCCCUACUUCCUUCUUCCCCUUUGGUGCUCCCUCCUCCCCAUGUACCAGUGAGUGUGCAACUGGAGCAGAAUACCCUCAUUUUUAGGAAUCUAGUGAUGCCUCUUGCCUCAGGGAAACGUUUCUUUGAUGGGGAGUUUGAGAUUUCUUUUUCUUUAUGCUUUAUUUGUGGUAACGAAAGAGUGAAUGACAUAAAUAGCCAUGGCAAGGCAGAUCUGCAGUCCCGGCUGCUGCAGAGGGUGGGGCAGAGCGGGCUUAGGGUCUGGGGGCUGCAGGGGUUUCCUUGGCACAGCGAAAGUAAGCACUUAUAGGGUGUGGCCGUUUCUUAGGUGUGAGAGGGGCUGUGGCUUUUGUGCAGCGACUAUGUUGGUGGUGUGGAAAUUAUUAAUCUUGUAUAAAGCAACUCAA